AGCUAUCUCAACUGACACACUCAGUCCGCCAUUGCUGUUUUUGUGUGAAGAAGAAUAGGCUAUCAAAUAUGGCAGAAAACGGAACAGAAACUGAAGCGGUCCCUGACCUAGUUGGCGAUCAUGAGCAAGACUACAGUUACGAUGGCGAAGAAGGGCAGCAGGAGGACGAAGGUCUAGGGGGAGAAGGUGAAGCCGAUGUUACAACAGAGAGCACAGAAGAUGCAGGGGUGGAUGAUCCUGAGCUUGAAGCAAUCAAAGAACGAGUUAGAGAGAUGGAAGCAGAAGCAGAAAAGCUCAAGCAAAUGCAAAAUGAAGUGGAAAAAACAAUGAAUAUGUCUCCAGGAAUAAGUAUGUCACUCUGACCCAUAUCCAGUGUGGUGGCUUUUCUUAGACGUUCCCUUUUCUUCAAAGAAGUUGUUUAUUUAUUGCAUGGAAAUAAAGUAGCCCA